AUGUGGCUAAGCCUGGCGGAUAAUGAGUCUCUUCCCGAGAGCUUGCAGGACGAGCCUGGCGCAGGGGGCGGCGAAGAGCGCGAAGGCUUGACGACCACGCCCACUGUAACGCACACCGAGUCUGAUCUCGACGACGAGUUUGUGUCCUUAGCGCCGCCUGUCAAGGGCCGCCCAGAUGAUACCCUCAUAAUCUUCGACUGGGACGACACGCUCCUGUGCAGCUCCGCCAUCAAUCUGCAGCAGUGGUCACAGCCCCAGCUGGACGGCCUGUGCGCGACCGUGGAGAACACGCUCGGGCACGCCAUGGAGCUCGGAGAGGUGAUGAUCGUGACCAACGGCGUGGACUGGUGGGUAGAGGACAGUUGCCGGCGGUUCUUGCCUGGCCUUCUGCCCCUGCUCGGCCGUCUCCACGUGAAGUCUGCGCGGCACGAUUAUGAGCCCCUCUACCCGGGCGACCCCUUUGCCUGGAAGCGCGAGACGUUCAAGGACAUCCUCAAGCCGCGGCCCAGGGCUACUAACCUCGUGGUGAUCGGCGACUCCUUCUCUGAGAUCCACGCCGCUCACGGAGCGCUCCACUGCAUGGUCCACGGCUCGCUGGUGAAGACCGUCAAGUUCAAGGAGCACCCUUCAGCGGACGAGCUUCGCGGCCAGCUACGCCGCGUGUCCCAGGAGAUGAGCAGCCUGGUGAGCCAGGACGGCCACACGCACUGUAGUCUGGUACGGUCGCCGGUGCAGCUCGGGCACAUGGCGAGCUGGGCGGCUGGCUGGCGGCUGUCAUGCGACGACGACGCGGACAAGUCCAUCGGAGGCCUGCUCCUCGACGCCGGCAAUGCGGGCACCGACUUCAGCCGGGGCAUCCUCGGGGCCGCCCCCGCGCGCCGCCCGCGCCCGCCCGUGCGCCUGGCCUUCACGCCCGCGCGCCGCAGCGCGGGUGGGUGCCUCGAGUCCGCGCGCCUGGCGCUCUCCAUGGUCUAG